GAGCCCUAGCAGCUGUGUCACACACAAAAAUAAAACAAACGCCAGAGUGCGGUUUAAUUUGUUAAGCAAAAAGAAAUAUAUCACCAAAAAUGCCAGAUUUGGAGAACAUCGAUGCGAUGCCGGUGAAUACGCCACCAGCAGCGCCACCAGCCGAAGUAGAGGACACAGAGCAAGCGCAGCCCGUGAGAGAAUUAACACAAACGGAUCAUUUAAACAAGCGUUUGCUGAAAUCCCUUCUGGAUUCCAUGAAAAUGACAACGGAAACGCCACAAAAUGGGGCAAUAGAGUCGGACUCGAGUGAUUUUGAAGAUUGAUUUUCAUAAAUAUACAUUUACAUUAUAUUUUAAAGUCAAGAGUUUUGGUCAUGUUUUAACUACGACUAAUAGCGAAACUAUUUUUUGUUAAUAAAGAACUAAGUAAAAAUAAUUAAA